AUGUUUUGGUGUGAGACUUGUUUUGUGACCAACAAUAUGAAAGGCUCUGAGGUCAGCUUGGAGAAGAAAAAAAGGAUUAAGAUGCCAGCGAAGAGACUUCGUGAGGUAGUUUCUCAAAAUCAUGGAGAUCAUUUGGUUUUGCUGAAAGAUGAGUUGCCCUGUGUUCCUCCGGCAUUGUCUGCAAAUAAACGUCUUCCUGUUGGAACGGGGACUAGCUUGAAUGGAACAUCACCUGGUUCAUCAGACUUAACUUCUGCUAGAAAUUGUCACCAGCCUCUAUUAGAAAAUCCCAUGGUGUCAGAAAGUGAUUUUUCUAAAGACGUUGCAGUGCAAGUGUUGCCUUUGGAUAAAAUAGAAGAGAACAACAAACAAAAAGCAAAUGACGUCUUCAUUUCUCAGUAUACAAUGGGACAGAAAGAUGCUCUAAGAACAGUUUUAAAGCAAAAUGUCUUACUUUGUCUCACAGGCUGGAGCAGUGGGGUGAUCAUGACUCACUGCAGUCUCUAUCUCCUCGGGCUCAUGAGAUCCUCCCACCUCAGCCUCCCGAGUAACUGGGACUACAGAGCUCAAAGCAUGCCUGUUUUUAAGGAAGUAAAGGUACAUCUGUUAGAAGAUGCAGGCAUAGAGAAGGAUGCUGUUACUCAGGAGACUAGAAUUUCACCCAGUGGAAUUAAUUCAGCUACAACCGUGGCUGCAGCAACUGCUGCUGCCAUUGCAACCGCAGCUCCAUUGAUAAAGGUGCAGAGUGAUUUGGAAGCAAAAGUCAAUUCUGUUACAGAAUUACUUAGUAAAUUACAGGAGACUGAUAAACACCUACAACGUGUUACAGAGCAGCAAACAAGCAUUCAGAGGAAACAAGAGAAACUACAUUGUCAUGAUCACGAAAAGCAAAUGAAUAUGUUUAUGGAGCAGCACAUAAGGCAUCUUGAAAAAUUACAGCAACAACAAAUAGAUAUGCAGACUCAUUUUAUUAGUGCUGCACUCAAGACUAGUAGUUUUCAGCCUGUUAGUAUGCCCUCCUCCAGAGCAGUGGAGAAGUAUUCUGUAAAACCAGAACACCCUAAUCUUGGUAGCUGUAAUCCAUCUUUAUAUAACACAUUUGCUUCCAAACAAGCACCUUUAAAAGAAGUUGAAGAUACGAGUUUUGAUAAACAGAAAUCUCCUUUGGAGACACCAGCACCUCGCAGAUUUGCUCCUGUACCUGUUUCAAGGGAUGAUGAACUAUCAAAGAGGGAAAAUCUUUUGGAAGAAAAAGAAAAUAUGGAAGUGUCAUGUCACAGAGGAAAUGUAAGACUAUUGGAACAAAUUUUGAAUAAUAAUGAUUCUUUGACAAGAAAAAGUGAAUCAUCAAACACUACUUCACUAACUAGGUCAAAAAUAGGAUGGACUCCUGAGAAAACAAACAGAUUUCCUUCCUGUGAAGAGCUAGGAACAACUAAAGUGACUAUGCAGAAGUCUGAUGAUGUUCUUCAUGACCUUGGCCAAAAGGAGAAAGAAACAAAUAGCAUGGUCCAGCCAAAAGAAUCUCUGAGUAUGUUGAAGCUUCCAGAUCUUCCACAGAAUUUUGUUAAGCUUCAGACAACCAAUACAACAAGAUCUGUAUUGAAAGAUGCUGAGAAGGUUUUGAGAGGAGUACAAAACAAUAAAAAAGUACUUGAAGAAAACCUGGAAGCUAUUAUUCGUGCAAAAGAUGGAGCUGCCAUGUAUUCGCUUAUCAAUGCUUUAUCUACCAACAGAGAGAUAUCAGAGAAAAUUAGGAUCAGAAAGACAGUGGAUGAAUGGAUUAAAACCAUUUCUGCAGAAAUUCAGGAUGAACUGUCAAGAACAGAUGAUGAACAAAAAAGAUUUGAUCAGAACAAUCAGAGAACCAAGAAAGGUCAGAAUAUGACUAAAGAUAUUAGAACCAACACACAACAUACAACUGGAAACAAAUCUGUAAUCCCAAGAAAACAUUCUCAAAAGCGAAUGGAAGAGCAUUUUAGAAGUCUACCUAUGAGGGGCAUGCCUGCUUCAAGUUUACAGAAAGAGAGAAAGGAAGGGCUUUUGAAAGCAACCACAGUAAUACAAGAUGAAGAUUAUAUGUUACAAGUCUAUGGAAAGCCAGUUUAUCAGGGCCAUCGAAGCACUCUUAAAAAAGGACCAUAUCUCAGAUUUAAUUCUCCAUCUCCUAAGUCCAGACCACAGAGACCAAAAGUAAUAGAACGAGUUAAAGGCACUAAGGUAAAGUCAGUAAGAACACAGACUGACUUCUAUGCAACAAAACCUAUGAAGAUGGAUUCUAAAAUGAAACAUUCCAUUCCUGUGUUACCUCAUGGCGAUCAGCAGUAUUUGUUCAGCCCAAGUAGAGAAAUGCCUACUUUUUCAGGUACACUGGAAGGUCAUCUGAUUCCUAUGGCAGUUCUUUUAGGACAAACCCAAAGUAAUAAUGAUACCAUGCCACCUGCUGGAGUGAUUGUCAGCAAGCCACACCCUGUAAUUGUGACUACUUCUAUUCUUCCAUCAUCUCGAAAAGUAGAAACUGGAGUAAAGAAACCUAACAUAGCCAUUGUAGAAAUGAAGUCAGAAAAAAAGGAUCCUCCUCAGCUUACUGUACAGGUAUUACCCAGUGUAGAUAUUGACAGCAUUUCAAAUGGUAGCGCUGAUGGCCUUUCACCUCUGUCUAGUCCCAAAGAAGCCUCUCUUCCUCCUGUGCAAACUUGGAUAAAGACCCCAGAAAUUAUGAAGGUAGAUGAAGAAGAGGUGAAGUUUCCAGGAACUAACUUUGAUGAAAUAAUCGAUGUCAUACAGGAAGAGGAAAAAUGUGAUGAAAUUCCAGACUCUGAACCAAUUCUGGAGUUUAACAGAAGUGUUAAAGCUGAUUCUACAAAAUAUAAUGGUCCUCCAUUUCCGCCAGUUGCUUCUACUUUACAGCCCACUGCUGAUAUUCUGGAUAAAGUAGUUGAGAGAAAAGAAACACUGGAAAAUAGCUUAAUUCAAUGGGUAGAGCAAGAAAUAAUGUCAAGAAUUAUCUCUGGGCUCUUUCCAGUCCAACAACAGAUUGCACCUAAUAUCAGUGUUUCAGUCAGUGAGACAAGUGAACCACUGACUUCUGACAUUGUGGAAGGAACAAGCAGUGGUGCCCUCCAGCUUUUUGUUGAUGCUGGUGUUCCUGUGAACUCAGACGUGAUUAACCAUUUUGUGAACGAAGCUCUUGCUGAGACCGUUGCUGUUAUGCUGGGUGACAGAGAAGCAAAGAAGCAAGGUCCUGUUGCUACAGGUGUUUCUGGGGAUGCUUCAACAAAUGAAACAUAUUUGCCGGCAAGAGUGUGCACCCCACUGGCUACCCCACAGCCUACGCCUCCUCGCUCACCUUCAUCACCUACUAAGGAGUGUGUUUUGGUAAAGACUCCAGAUUCUUCUCCCUGUGAUUUGGAUCAUGAUAUGGCUUUUCCUGUGAAAGAAAUACGUGCUGAAAAAGGAGAUGAUAUGCCUGCCAUCGUGCUUGUUAAUACUCCAACAGUUACCCCUACUACUACACCUCCUCCAGCGGCGGCAGUUUUUACCCCAACUUUGUCAGAUAUUUCCGUUGAUAAAUUGAAGGUAUCAAGCCCAGAGCUUCCCAAGCCAUGGGGUGAUGGAGACCUGCCACUGGAAGAAGAGAACCCUAACUCACCUCCAGAAGAACUUCAUCCAAGAGCUAUUGUAAUGUCUGUGGCUAAGGAUGAAGAACCAGAGAGUAUGGAUUUCCCUGCUCAGCCUCCACCUCCAGAGCCAGUUCCCUUUAUGCCAUUUCCUGCCGGCACCAAGGCCCCUUCCCACUCACAGAUGCCAGGUUCUGAUUCAUCAACACUGGAAAGCACAUUGAGUGUUACUGUCACUGAAACUGAAACUUUAGAUAAACCCAUCUCUGAAGGAGAGAUUUUAUUUAGCUGUGGUCAAAAAUUGGCCCCCAAGAUUUUAGAAGAUGUAGGACUGUACCUGACAAACCUUAAUGAUAGCUUAUCCAGCACUCUGCAUGAUGCCGUUGAAAUGGAGGAUGAUCCUCCUAGCGAAGGGCAAAUGAUUAGGAUGUCCCAUAAAAAAUUUCAUGCAGAUGCAAUUCUUUCUUUUGCUAAACAAAACCAGGAGUCAGCAGUUUCCCAGCAAGCAGUCUGUCAUUCAGAGGACUUGGAAAACAGUGUGGGUGAACUUAGUGAAGGACAAAGACCCCAGCUAACAGCGGCAGCAGAGAACAUCUUAAUGGGACAUUCUCUCUAUAUGCAGCCACCUGUCACUAAUGCACAGUCUUUGGAUCAACAAUGUGAUCCUAAACCAUUAUCUCGGCAAUUUGACACAGUUUCAGGUAAUAUUUAUGAAGAUUCAUGUGCUAGGGGAGAAUUGGAGUUGGAGUCAAAUUCUAACCUGGUUCUUCCCACAACACUUCUGACAGCACGAGAAAAUGAUGUUAAUUUACCAGUAGCCGCUGAAGAUUUUUCCCAGUACCAACAAAAGCAAAAUCAGGAUGUUAAGCAAGUUGAACACAAACCAUCACAAAGUUACCUACGUGUUAGAAAUAAAUCUGAUAUUGCAUCUUCACAGCAACAAGUUUCACCAGGUGAUAUGGAUUGGACACAAAUUGAGCUUAAUCCGUACCUCACAUGUGUAUUUUCAGGUUUGGGGGUACAUGUGAAGAAGGUUUCCUGUAUAGGUAAGCUCAGGCCAUGGGGGUUCGUCAUACAGAUUAUUUCGUCACCCAGGUGGGAAAGCAGUGCCACUCUCCGCUUCACAGAUGCCCCCUGCCAAGAUGUCGGUGACGCUGCCCUCAGUGAACCUCGAGGAUUGCUCUCAGUCUGUGAGUCUCAGCACAAUGCAGGAGGACAUGGAGUCUUCGGGGGCAGAUACCUUCUGAACGGGAAGAGACAGCCAGCACAGUGUUUAUGCCACUGGUUUUAAAGUCAUUUUACCUUGGCUUAAAACCCUCUCUCAGACUGUUCGGUUUUUGAGCAUAUUCUGAAAAAAAAUUUCCAAUUUUUUAAAUGAAAAGCAUAAUUUGGGUAUUUAAAGUUUUUAAAUAAAAUAAGUCAUCAUAAGUCUGAUUGUGAGUUGUUUCUUAGAAUCCUGAGAUAGCAUAGAGUAGUGAAAGGGCAUGGCUUUUGACAUCUGGGCAUUUAAUCCAUAGGUGUAAUUAUCUGUAUGUAUUUAUAAAAUUAUGUAACUCAAGGUUAUUCUAACAUUUUUAUAACAGCAAAUAGAAAAAAUCAAAUGUCUAUCAAUAAUAGACUGGUUUUAAAGUGAUGGUACAUCAGUACAAUGGAAUACUGUGUAUUACAAAAAAAGAAUUUAAAAAGUUUAUUGAUAUGGAAUAAUCUCUGAGAUGCACUGUUAAAGUGAAAAAAGCCAUGUGCAAAAUAGUGUGUGAACUAUGCAGUUGUUGAAAUUAUUUAAAAUGGGGUGGGGAGGAAUUCAAAUGUAUGGUAUGUCACAUAUUCUUACAUGUAUUUGCUUAUAAAUAUAUUAUAUAAACAAGAAACUGCUAAGUUUGUCUCCAGGGAGGAGAAUUAUUGGCUGGGUGAUAGGAGAGGCUAAGUGAUAGGAAUCAAGGAUAAUCAUGGUUACUGUGUAUUUGAACUUCAGUUGUGAUAGAAAAAAAUUAUCAGUGAGAUUUUUAUAUGCCUUAUGUAUACCAUAUAAACCUUUAUAAACCUGUGAAACAUGUAACUCUAUUACCUUUUGCAACAUAAAUACAUAAAAUUAAAGGAAAAUAAAAAGUAUUGCUUUGUAAUCAGA